AUAUGGCGGCGUAAAUGAUACUCAAGUAUCUGGCGCCGCUGAAACUUAUCUUGACUUUAUUUGCCUGAUAAUUGCCUUUAGAACAUGAUAAAAUAUAUUGUUAUGGGAUUACGCGGCUUCUUUGUGUUAGCGGCGAAAAUAUGGAGUUUUGUGUGCUAUAUAUUCAAGAGACAAGUGCGUGCAGUGAGUAUUGAAUCCUUGUUGUGGAGAUGGUCACUGACUGAUGGUGUAGUAUUGUCAUUGUCAUUGUUCUCUUUUGAUUUCAUCUAUUUUCCUGGUACGUAUGGUUGUUGUCAUGUUUAUGUCUUUUAUUCAUACUUGAUCGGAUAUGAAGGAAAAUUCUUUUUUAUUUCAUCUGCAGGCAUGCUGAGAAAGAAAGUACUUGUUCUUGACUUAGACGAGACGUUAAUUCAUUCACAUCAUGACGGCGUUUUACGACAAGUUAAACCAGGCACCCCUCCAGACUUUGUUCUACGGGUUACAAUUGACAGGCAUCCUGUUCGAUUUUUUGUUCACAAGCGGCCACAUGUUGAUUUCUUUUUAGAAGUAGUAAGUCAGUGGUAUGAGCUGGUGGUGUUCACAGCUAGUAUGGAAAUAUACGGCGCUGCAGUCGCUGAUAAACUUGACGGUGGGAAGAAUAUACUCAGGAGACGCUACUAUAGGCAGCAUUGUAACCUGGACAUGGGUAGCUACACAAAAGACUUGUCAGCCAUAAACCCAGACCUAUCCAGCAUUUUCAUUCUAGAUAAUUCACCAGUCGCAUACCGCAUGUUUCCAGAUAAUGCCAUCCCCAUCAAGUCGUGGUUCAGCGAUGCCCGUGACACGGCCCUCCUCUGUCUCCUGCCCAUGCUCGACGCCCUCCGCUUCUGUAACGACGUUCGUUCGGUGUUGGGGAGGAACCUACAUUUAUCACGGGCGUGGUAACGCCACCUGUGAGCUGUGUGGUCACAACUGUUUUAAAAAGACAAAAACAAACAAAAAAAAUUACUUGAUUUGCAUCACACCACAUUGCCCCUAGAGCCUUUUUUUUUUUCUUCUUUAAUCAUGUCAUUAUCAGUAGAACCUCACAUUACUGUACCAGCACUAGAUGGGUGUGCGUGUGAUAGCGUGGAUGCAGAUACUGAAAAUUGCGCACUUUUGUAAACGUAGGCUGUUACGCUAACCUUUUAUAAAGGUUAUUUUUUUUAGAAUGCACGUGGGCCCCCCAUCAGUAAGUGUGUGUAUUAUUUUUUUGGUGACUGAUGAUGGAUAGUGGGGUGUAGUGGGCUAAAGCAAUGCAUGUGUUGUUGUUUUUUUUUAUCGCACCCAUGCACAUGUGUUGUUGUUUUUAAUUUGGGGGGGGGGGGGUCGGGGGUUGUUUUUUUUUUAUCGGAAGAUGCAAAGUAUGCUCUGUUAGCUUGGUCAUGCUUCUCACGCCACUGGCCCCGGUCUGUGAAACAGUCCUUGCCCGCCUCACCCAGCGUUGCCAAAAACAUUUACUCUGGUUAUUGACAGUACUUUGUCGCUCAGAUCUUGUCUGCAAUUUCUUUUGUUGCUUUUUUUUUUUUUUCACAGCAUAGUACCAAAUAGAUUGGGGUGUUUUGUUUUUUCAUUUUUUGGGGGUUUUUUGUCACUGAGAUGAAAUGAUAACUUUCAUGUAUAAAAAGACACACACACCACCUCAUUUUUCAUCUGCAUUUUUGGCAGGCUUUCUCUUUUUUUUAGUUGAAGGUUGGCUGUGCUUUUAAAAAAAUUUUCAUUCUCCAGGGAUAAGAUGUGAGAAUGAAUGUCAAGCAGAGAUGUGUCUUGGUUGUGGUUGAUGUCAGCUAACCAGAUGGUCAGAAAUUGUUAACUGUGGAUAUGGAAUUUGCUUUGUUUAGAUCUGUAACGCUUUGAGAGAAGAAAUUUCAUACGCAUUUGAAAUGACUCAGUGUUUAAAUAUGUGUGUAUAUGUUGGGGGGGGGGGGGCAUGGAAUCUGUGAUGUUGUCAGCUCCCUCUUCUUCUUUUGAGUUUAGAUAGUCUGUACUGUUAAUGUGUAGUGGAAUACAUCCAUUGUCUCGCUGGUGUUGGUAAAGGGCAGACAUCUCAAGCAUCUAUUGUCCUUAUCUCUUCUCUGUUUUCUCUUUCUAUGUCACUCUUUCUGCGUUUCUCUUCA